CUGCCCUGCCCUGUCCCGCCCCGCCCGCCAUGCUCUCCCGCCUCGUCCUCCGCGCCGCCCCGGCCGCGCUGAGGAGCCUGCCGCCUCCCGUCACCGUGGGUGUAUUGCACGCCACAAGACCACUGCAUACAACUCAGCAAUCUCUGUCUCCUUUGCCACCUCUGCCUGAGAAAGGAGGAGAAGUACGUUAUGGUUUGAUCCCUGAGGAGUUUUUCCAGUUCCUCUAUCCUAAAACAGGAGUUACAGGGCCUUACAUGUUGGGAACUGGACUCCUGCUUUACUUUCUCUCUAAGGAAAUCUAUGUAAUUAACCAUGAGACAGUAGCAGCUGCCUGCAUAUUAUCAGUCAUCAUUUAUGGCAUAAAAAAAUACGGUGCUGAUGUUGCAGCUUUUGCUGACAAACUUAACGAGGAGAAAAUGGCUAAAGCUUUAGCUGUGAAAAAUGAGAGUAUUAAAGAUCUUGAGACUGCCAUUGAACAGGAGAAAAAGGAGCAAUGGAGGGUUGAAGGCCGCAGUUACCUCUUUGACGCUAAACGGAAUAAUAUUGCAAUGUUGCUGGAAACUAAUUAUCGAGAAAGAUUACUGACAGUGUACAAUGAAGUAAAGAAAAGGCUGGACUAUCAAGUGGCUAUGCAGAAUUUAAAGCGUCAGAAAGAACAAGAUCACAUGAUUCACUGGGUGGAGAAAAAUGUUGUUCAGAGCAUCACACCUCAACAGCAGAAGGAGAGUAUCGCAAAGUGCAUUUUGGACCUGAAGGCGUUAUCGAAGAAUGCACAGGCAGCAGUGUAACCAUGUGUAACACUGACAUGUCUCGUGACUUACUGUUGGAAACUGUAUGAUGCUAAAGUAUCAUUAAACAAACAAACAAAACACUCUGCUGUCUUUUACUAGCAGUAGCAACAGUAAUUUCCUUUUUGUGUUUGAAGUAGCUACAUCUGUCACAUAAACCACUACAGUUAGUUUAUAGUGGGGACUUACUUGCAACCAUGGUAUGUGCAAUUCUGUUUGCUUCCUUGUUUGGUCAUGAACACCUCCAGAGAUAAGAUACAGAACUUCACAGUGAAAAAAUUCUGGUGCUAAUACAAUGAUCAGUUGUUGUUUUAGAAUUCUGUGUGAUAAUGACCUAUAGAUAUCUACUGUAAGUGUAAACAUGUUCUAAAAUCAAAAUGAGUGCCAAUGCUCCCGUUCACCUAGUCCAGUACUUGGAGGUACUCUGAAUGAAUGUCCUCAUUUUAAAAAUGAACUGAAAAACCCCCACUUUCAUAACAAAGCUUCAAACAGUGAAGAAAGCAUCUUCCUGUUCUGUGGAAAAGAUGUAGCUGGCAGGAAAUGUAUCGAAAGCUACCGGAAAACUUGGCUUCAGCUGAACUCACCAGUAUUGAGUUUAAAACAGUGCAUUCUAGAGGGUGUUUUUUUCUGGAUUUUUCAUAAAAAGAAGAGCACAACUUUUUUCUGGUUUUUUUUUCUUUUUUGCGUAACAAGGAAAACGGUUUUAUGUGUAUUAUCAUAGUAUACAAUAUGAGCCUUUUCAUUUUCUUCUAAUAGGAAACUUGUUAUAUCUCAAAUGUCCCAGCUGAGCAAAGCACUUACCUAUGUAUAAUCCCAUCCUUUCUGUGUUGGGAAGUGAUUUAUUUAGUAAAUAAACUUAAGUAAGCAGA